AUGCGUCUCGAGGACCUUGUCGCCGCCACGGCGCUUUUGGGUGUUGCCAGUGGCGCCGUCAUUGAGAAGAAGGAGGCUGCCACCUCGCUCAAGACCGACCAGCUGGCCGCACAGGCGAUGGGGAAUCUAGCACAGUUCGUCCAGGUCAAUGGCUACUUUUCCGACGGCUGCACACUCGAAAACAUCUCUUUCCGGAGAGAAUGGGGCGCCCUCUCUGCCGAGGAGAGGAAGGAGUAUAUUGCAGCAGUGCAAUGCAUCUCCACGAAACCCUCAAGAACUCCUAAAGAACUUUGCCCGGGUUGUGUCACUCGUUAUGACGACUUCGUGGCCACCCACAUAAAUCAGACCCUGACGAUACACGGGACGGGCAACUUCCUUUCAUGGCACCGCUACUUCACCUGGUCGUACGAGCAAGCGCUGCGCAACGAAUGCGGCUACACAGGCACGCAGCCGUACUGGAACUGGCCGCAGUACGCCGAGGACCCGCUCAGCUCGCCCAUCUUCGACGGCUCAGACACGUCCAUGUCAGGCAAUGGAGUGUACCGGAACCACACGCCGGUUUAUGUUCCAUCUUCUGCUCUCCCUUAUGUCGAAAUACCGCCGGCACAGGGCGGUGGUUGCGUGUAUACGGGCCCGUUCAGGAACUUCACGACCCGACUCGGCCCCGUGUCGCCUGCCUAUGAAGGCCUGCCAACAAACCCCAGUGCCGAUGGCCUCGGCUCGAAUCCGCGCUGCCUGCGCCGUGACAUCAACCCCUGGGUGUCGUCGCGCUUCACCAACGACCUCAACACUUCUUCGUUGAUCGAGACCUACUCCGACGUUUCAGACUUCCAGACCAUCAUGCAGGGCGAUUUCCCUUCAGGCUACCUCGGAGUUCACACUGGGGGGCAUUUAACUAUUAAUGGCGACCCUGGUGGAGAUCUUUUUGCCUCUCCUGGCGAUCCGGUCUUCUUCCUCCAUCACGCGAUGAUCGACCGUGUCUGGUGGACGUGGCAGAACCAGGACGUGGCCGCGCGCACCUACGCCGUCGGCGGCACCCACACCCUCAACAACAGCCCGCCCAGCGCCAACACGACACUCGACGACAUCCUCGACCUCGCUUACACUGCCGACCCCAUCACCAUCCGUGAUGCUAUGAGCACUCUUGCUGGCCCAUUCUGCUACGUAUAUGUGUAG